CGUAAGAGCAUAAACGUGAUGACGCAGGUUUGGAGAUGCAGGCAUGAGACGUCUAUGGCGCUUCAGCACGUCCAGGAACGUCUGCAAUGUUGUGAAGUUUAUUCAACCCAGCGUUACCUCGACAAGCCCGCAGUGCUUUGUUUUUAACCUCGUUUUCCUCAGGAGAAUUACUGACAGCGGCACUGACAUGGACCUGAGUAACAUGAGAAAGAGCUAUGACAGCGAGUGUUUUGACAAGGAUCAGCUUGCUUCUUUAGAUCCAAUUAAGCAAUUUGGCAGCUGGUUUGAUCAAGCCACUAAAUGCCCGGACGUGGGAGAAGCCAAUGCAAUGUGUCUUGCAACAGCCAGCAAGGACGGUCGGCCCUCUGCUCGCGUGGUUCUUCUAAAAGGCUACAGCGAGGAGGGAUUUCGCUUCUUUACAAACUAUGAGAGUCGGAAAGGUGCAGAGCUGGAAAGCAAUCCCCACGCCUGUCUUGUAUUUUACUGGGAACCACUAAACAGACAGAUUCGCAUUGAAGGCACUGUAGAGAGAAUCCCGUUUGAGAAUUCACGUGAUUAUUUCCACUCAAGGCCCAAGGGCAGUCAGAUCGGAGCUGUGGUCAGCAGGCAGAGCACAGUGAUACCAAGCCGACAAUACCUGAGAGACAAGAAUGCAGAACUUGAGGAAAAGUAUAAGGACACAAAUGUACCAAUGCCAGAUUACUGGGGUGGAUACAUUGUAAAACCCCACCUGAUUGAAUUCUGGCAGGGUCAGAAAAAUAGAUUACAUGACCGAAUAGUCUUUUUGCGGCCGAAGGAGGGAGAGACUGAGCUGGGGGAUAUGCAGCAUCAAGCCGAGGGAGGCUGGAUAUACCAACGCUUAUCCCCGUAAUAGAGGACAUGCUGUGAAAUCAACAUCAUCGUCUGUGACAUCAAUACAUCAUCAUUACUUGACAGCAACUGUCACUAAUAAUGCCACCAGGGUGUCAGCUGACUAGUGAAGUCUUAUCACUCAUAUUCGUCCUGCAUUCAUAUCGUCAGGUAGAAGAUUUAUAUGUUGAUGACUGUAUACGUGAAAUUAAGAAUAUAAAUGAUUAUAAAAAGUGCUUCGUCGAAGCAUUUUGAGCCUUUCGAAAGUGACCUAAACACAUCCUUAAUCUAUUACUUGUAAGUGCAAAGUCUGUUUAUUAAUAAUUAAAAAAGUAGAGCUGUAGAGAACAUAGACUUUGGACUUCUGUCACAACCACAAAAAAACACCCAACAUGUUUCUCUGUUUGAUGUUUUGCACUUCUUUAAAUGUGUUCAUGAUAAACAACGUAUACUCUACAAGGCUGAUGUGAAAUAUGAUUAGACUGUGUUAUAAAUGUGCCAAAUAUAAUCUGAACCUGGCUGUAAUUCUGUAAUUAAUGGUGACUUUUUGUCUUGUAAAUACAAUAAAGCCGUUUAAUUUUUUGCAGCAAUGCUCAGAUUUUGCCAGCAGGUGGCGGUGGCGUUCAAACUAUUUUCGCACUUCACAAUUUAACACAUCUCAGCGACGCAAUAAAAAUCUUUAUUUUGCAUAUUUUAACAAUAACCUUUCAAGACUGCAGUAAACAAUAGAUAAGUACAAAUUAAACGAGACAAAGGAAAGUUGUAGUUGUGGAGAACCUAUCUCUAACGUGCUGUGAUUUUUGACCGCCCUUGCCCUAAUUGAAACACUUUAUAACAAAUGAUAAAAUCGAGAUAUGCACAAUCACAAAAAAACAAAAACGCGUGAUCAACGGGCAAUCAAAUUGCUGUUUCCCACAGGUUUGAGAUUGGUUAUUACACAAUAACACACAUUUUAUGACCAUCCUCCACUUUAAAUGUAAAAAUUAACGGAUUGUGUGAUAAUUAUAAACGAGAGUUGAAUGAGUUCAGGUUUCUGUACCUUUCUUGUCAGGUUUUUCCCACAAAGAUAAUAAGGCAUUUUAUGAGCAUGGCAAUAUUGUGUUUAUGAUUUACAGGAAACAUUAACUCCUUAAUAAUCAUCUUGGGGUGGCUUUUAAAUUAAAGUAUGGCCG